AUGUGUGUUUCUCUCUCCUCUCCUCUGCAGGACCCGGGGCCCAUGCCUCCCUCCCCCAUCCUGGGACAGAAGCCACUGCAGUUGAUUGAGAUCAAAGCCAGGGGGCGCUUCGGCUGCGUGUGGAAGGCUCAGUUGCUCAAUGAUUACGUGGCUGUCAAAAUCUUCCCCAUUCAGGUACAGUACUGUAACCACUAACCACCACGAGUAGAAGUACGGAGGGCUGUGUGGAGGCUUUCCCUGCUUCUUUGGAAGGGAGAAGAGAGCGUUGUCAGUCUUAAAGCUUCAGGCCCUAACUAAUCCUCCUGGGCUGACCAGCCCCCUAGUUUAGAGGCCAAUCACUAAGCCCAUAGUGGCCUUGAUUGAUCACUGAGCAUCAACUGACAUGACAGAACAUGCAUUAUUAUACUAUUUUUAAAGAAUGGGUUUUUUGGUGUUUUUUUAUUUUCAUACUGGACACUCUGGACAUAAUUUUCCUCCCCUCAACCAUUCCUACUCUGCUAUCUAAUAGGAAUCCAAAACCCAUUCUCUGUUGAUAUUGUACAUCUGAAUACUUUGUGAAUAGUUUUCUGUGCGUUUGGCGUCCUCAGGACAAGCAGUCGUGGCAGAAUGAGUAUGAGAUCUACAACCUGAGCGGGAUGAGGCAUGAGAACCUUCUCCACUUCCUGGGAGCAGAGAAGAGGGGCACCAACAUGGACAUAGAGCUGUGGCUGAUCACAGCGUACCACGAGAAGGUACAGCCCCCCCUGCAGGCCAGAGGACCACAGCACAAACAAAGCAAAUUAAAUCACUACUGAUUCAAUGUUGUCAUGCUAGAAUUUAACAUUUAUCCCAAGACAUCAACCUUCUUUGUGAAAAUGCUUGUCUAUGUAGCAACACUGGUCCAGUAUUCGUUAACAAGAUGACCAAGAUAGAGCUGUUUCUUCCGCUUUUUCAGAGAACACUACAACAAUCUUUAUGUGUUGAAUAUAUCUGCCCUCUAGUGGUUAGAGGUAGACAAUGAGCUGGCAUUAUGUCAGACUGUGGUGGCAUGUUGACUUCAAGGUGAGCCACAUUGCUAGGUGCUGUUAUAUUAACUGGUUGUCUGCCUCCAUUUCCAGGGCUCGUUGACAGACUAUCUGAAGGCCAACGUGUUGUCGUGGAGCGAGCUGUGUCACAUAGCCCAGACCACGGCUCGAGGCCUAGCCUACCUCCAUGAAGACAUCCCUGGUCUGAAGGACGGACACAAGCCAGCCAUCGCCCACAGGUCAGCUCCUUGCUCUCCCAUCCUCCCUGGUCACCUGUCCUAUCUCUCUAUGUGUUGGUGUUCCUCUAUCAUUACACUGCCAAUAAAUACAUAUUCUAUUAUUUUCUGUCCAUUGACUUCCUCCACUUACCCCCCCCAAAAAUCUAUAUCUCUGCUUCCAGAAAGUAUACAGCAUUUGUCAUGGUAAAUGAUGGGCAGCUUUCCUCUCCCACACUGUCUGUUGUCUCAUUGGUGUGUUUCUGUUAUGCUGUCAUCAACAGGGACAUCAAGAGUAAGAAUAUCCUUCUGAAGUCUAACCUGACAGCCUGCAUCGCUGACUUUGGCCUGGCCCAGAGGUUUGAGGCUGGGAAAUCAGCUGGGGACACGCAUGGACAGGUGAGUGAUGAUUGAUGGAAGGAAUGGUUGUGGAAGGUGUAGUCCAGAUUCCAUGAUGUUCUAAAUGACUGUAAGAACGUCAGCAUACCUCGACGUUCAUGUUACAUAGAAAAAAAACAUCAACAUUGUUAAUCUGUUUUGCACAAGCAGAACUCUGUAUUCCCUCAUGCCAGAUUGACACAAUUACAUGUGAAUUGUCCAAAACAGGUAGGACCCCCGAUUGAGACUGAUGUCUAACCAGUAUGUGUGUGUCUGUUCAUUCCAGGUGGGCACCCGGAGGUACAUGGCCCCUGAGGUGCUGGAGGGGGCCAUCAACUUCCAGCGGGACUCGUUCCUGAGGAUAGACAUGUAUGCCCUGGGACUGGUUCUGUGGGAGCUGGCCGCUCGCUGCAAGGCUGCUGAUGGUAAGAACACACUCCCUGGAAGGGCCAUAGAGUACGGGUGGCCCACCCUCCUCCUGUCUUCCUAGCAUACUCUCUGGAGAGCUACCCUGCCGCAGGAUUUUUGUUCCAGCUUUACUCUGAACCUUGAUUAGCUAAAUCAGGUGUAGGGCUGGAGCAGAAGGCUGCAUGCCCAGUAUCUCUCCAGAAGGAGGGUUGUCCUUUCCUGCCAUAGCACUACCAUAGUCCUGGUCACGGGCCACCACUGUCUAACCAGAGAACCAGGGGGUUUAGUUUGUUGUUAUGGAUUCUGUCUGUCUGGUUCCAUGGAGCCGUAUUCACCUGGCCUAACCCGGGUUGUUGUGUCGGGGGUCAGCAUGUGGAAUGCCCUGCAUGACCUCUGUGGUUAUCACUGGAGGUCAGCUCUGGGUUAGAGCCUGGUCAGAGCAACUCACCACCACGGCCCAGAGGGAGACCUCCACUGGCCAAGAGCUGUUAGAUCACACAAAGCAUCAGCUCUGAAUUCCUUAUUUUAAAAAACUCAGAGAUCACCGAUUGUGUUUUGACCACUGUUUUAUUUUCUUUAUUAGCUCAAAGUAAUGAUUGGUAUAUUGAUUGCAUUUUGUUAAUGUUUUUUUUUUGUUGGAAUGGAUCACUGUGGUGUUGAGGUAACAGUCUACUGUGUGUUAUUUCAGGCCCAGUGGAUGAGUACAUGCUGCCGUUUGAGGAGGAGAUUGGCCAGCACCCGUCCCUGGAGGACAUGCAGGAUGUUGUGGUCCACAAAAAGCUGAGGCCCACGCUCAGGGAGUGCUGGCAGAAACAUGCUGUGAGUAGAUCAUAUACACCAUGUAUCUUAACCUAUCAGGGGUUACCACAAACUACCAAACUACAAACGACCUAAACCCAUCGUCAUGCAACAGUAAGGACAGGAAGUACAGUACAAUGCCUUCAGAAAGUAUUCACACCCCUUUGUUGUGUUACAAAGUGGGAUUGAAAAUGAUUUAAUUGUAAUUUUUUGACAGUGAUCUACACAAAAUACUCUGUCAAAGUGGAAGAAAAAUUCUAAAAUGUGUAAAAGAUUUAUGAAUAAAUAAAACACUAUAUAUAUAUAUAUAGAUAAGUAUUCAACACCCUGAGUCAAUACAUGUUAGAAUCACCUUUGGAAGCGAUUACAUCUGUGAGUCUUUCUGGGUAAGUCUAAGCUUUCCACACCUGAAUUGUGCAACAUUUGUUUCCGCUUUGUCAUUAUGGGGUAGUGUGUAGACUGAUGAGGAUUUCUAUUUAUUUAAUCAAUUUUAGAAUAAGGCUGUAACGUAACAAAAUGUGGAAAAAGUCAAAGGGUUUGAAUACUUUCCGAAUGCACUGUAUAUCCCAGAGAAUAGUACAAACACUGAACAGCUUUUAACAUUAACAUGACAAUAGGCUUUUAUAGCUAAAUAUAGCUCCAUGCUUUUCCCUGUAUAAGCCUGUCUCUUCCUACCAUGACCCAGGGCACUGCUUACCUCAUCUGUUUAUGUCUUGACUACGUUUAACUAAGACGGUUUGUCUGAAUCGCUACUGUCUCCAGAGCAUCCUAACACGAGCCCAACUCAGACUCUUAUUGAUCCUAGAAUGAUACCUUCUUCGUGGCCAGAUUUUUCUCCCUCCAGUCUAGAAGAUAGCGGCCAUUUCUGUCUGAAAUGUCUCCAGUGGCCUCAUCCUCACAGUUUCUCAGUCUCUCCUACCGGAUCUGUUUCCAGCCUCGCCCAGGCUAUUUCCUCUCUUGUGGAUCUGUAACAGUAGAUUAGUUAACUUAAUGGUGUCUGGUCUCUCUCUGUGUACCAUGACACCCCACGGGCCUUGCUCGCUGUGUGUCAUUGUGCCCUUGUGUCGCAGAGGGUAACCGUGUGUGUGUGUGUGUUCCAGGGUUUGACCAUGCUGUGUGAGACCAUCGAGGAGUGCUGGGACCACGAGGCGGAGGCGCGCCUGUCGGCGGGGUGUGUGGAGGAGCGCAUGGUGCAGAUGCAGCGACUCAACAACGUCACCGCGCCCGAGGAGAUCAUCACAGUCGUCACCAUGGUGACCAAUGUAGACUACCCUCCCAAAGAAUCCAGCCUAUGA